AUGCUAUUAUUUUUUUCCGUAAAUUUAAUACGAAAGAAAAGUGCCAGCAGUGCCAGCACUACCAGCAGCAGUAGCGAUGAGGAAAAAGAAGAGGAAGUACAAGUUCAGCCACACUCUAGUCACUUUACUCCAGGCAUUGACAUUGCGACUGUAGGCGCAGGACCUUCUUCUAUAAUUCAAAGUAUUCAGACUAUGGUGCCCGAUAGUGAAAUUGAAACUAAAGACAACGUUUGUCAUGAAGAUGAUAUUGGGAAACUCGUUGGCUUGGCGACCACUAUACCAGUUGAGAAGAGAAAACAUAUUCUGAAAAAUUGCUGGAUACCCUCGAAAAACUAUGAUUUUGCCGCUGAUGCUAAACACCUCAAGAGGAAAUUCAAUCAUCACUGGUUGGACAUAUAUUUGCCAUGGUUAACUUACUCAAGACGGCUCAAAGGUGCUUUUUGUAAAUAUUGUGUUCUGUUUCCGCCGUCAGCCAGCAUGAUAAGAGGUGGUUGGGUAUCUUUUAUCAUCAGACCCUUCACUAAAUACAAGGACGUGCACAAUUAUUAAAGUCCGUGCGAUACACCGUCGCUUCGUAGCAGAGACCCACUUUACAACGAACCAUCUCGUCGAGAGCCCAGCUGUUCGACACUCAACGAAAGGCCGUGGCUGUUGGCCUGCGGGCCGUGA